AGAUAAUGUUUUACAUAUUCUAUAUGAUGAUAUAAUAGAUGGCUGCUAUGGACUAUAACAUCUCUUAAAUUACUCCGCUAUUGUUGAUAUAUAGAUAUCAUGGGGAGUGGGAAUCAUUAACAAAUAAUGUUUAAAAUUACCUUUCUAUAAUAGCCAUUUAAUUAUUUAGAAUAGACAAAAGGGGAAACAUUUAUAUAAUUUAAUCCUCAACAAGAUUUGACGCAGAACGAGGUGUCCCUAACUAAAAUAGGUUCCAUUAAUAUGAUGUUUCUUGAUCCUAUUUACUUUGAUGAAAAAUUAGUCUUAGGCUUAUCCAAUAUCACUGAUAUGAAUGAGACAACCUUGUAAUGCCUUAUAAUAAUAUUUAGGUCGUGGCAUGGGAAAACAGAUUUUGUAUACUAUAAAUAUUAUAAAGAAAAAGGAGGAUACCCCAAUGUCUCAUGUAAAAUCGAUUAUGACAUAUAAUUGAAUUAUCACGAAGGUAAGAUGGCGUUCAAAUUUAAUAAUAGACGAAGUAGAUUAUAAGAAAAUCGAUUUUACCAUCUAAUUAAGAAAUGAAGACAGCGAUAAUAAAGAAUGCAACAUCCAAUUGAUCUCUCAAUACUAGCCUUACUAAUCAAACUUCUAUAAACAAGUAUUGUUUUACAGUGUGAUGCUAAAUACAUUAUGUGCAAUACAAUACUUUUGCGUAACUAAAUUGAUAGAUAGUGUUCUAAGGGAUGAUGAGAAUUCAAUAGUCUAAAGAGUAACCAUAAUCAUAUUAUUAAGAUUUCUAUUUUCUGUGUGGGCUUCGUGACGAUUUAUGAUACAUUCCUAGCAUUUAAAAACCUGAGUUUUGCCUUUGGAGAAGCUGUAAAAUUAUGUACAUAUGACAUUAGUACUUCCAAUACUUCAUUUUUCCUGCCUUUUUCUUCUUUAUGCUUACCAUGAAUUGCGACUUAAAGCUAUUAUGGAUAAUUUGCAGAAUACGAUUCUAAGAUUAAUUCUUGGAUUAGUAAAGUUAAAGACAAUUUCUAACGAAAUUCUUCAUUAUAUAUUGUAUGAAAUUGAUUUAUUAAUUAAUUAGAUGUUUCAGUCCUCACAUUGUUUUUAUUGUUGCAAGAAUAUGAAUUGUAUAAUUCAUUCUUACUGAUAAUUGGAUUCUUCAUGACUCCUCAAAUAAUACAUAACAUUAGAUUAGGAACUAAUCCAAAAUUCAUACCAGAGUAUAUUUUCGGAUUUUUAUCGAUAAAUAUUGCUGUUCCAGUAUGUUAAUUUAAUAGUUUAAGUUAUACUUCAGAGGAUAUCCCAAUAAUUUUAGAAGAUUAAAACCAUCGCUUGAAUUUUGUGUUUGCUGGAUUUUGAUAUAUUUAUUCUAAAUUUUGAUCCUCUAUUUCCAAUACAAAAAGGGUCCUCGCAAGAUUAUACCAAGGUGUUUAUUACCAAAAUAAUACAAUUAUUAUUAGGACUAUAAAACUUAGGAACUUGAGGAUUGUGCAAUAUGUUUGUUACAUCUAAUGAUUGAGCCUGAUUAAUAAGAAUAGGAUCUAGACAGAAUGUUGGUUAGUAAAGUGUUAAUGAUUACACCCUGUGGACAUAAAUUCCAUCCUUCAUGCCUAAAAAGUUGGAUGGAAGUAAAAUUAACUUGUCCUACUUGCAGAAAUACUAUUCCUCCAAUUUGUGAAUGAAUUGAUAUACAUUAUUGUUUUUUCAAUAAUCUG